CCCCGCCGUGACGUGCGCGGGCCCCGCUGCGGGGGGAGGGGCGCCGCCCCCGCCCCCCUCCCCGCGCGUGGCUGCUCCCAUGGCAACGGGGGGAGGUGUUGCCGCGGGGCUGCCCCAGUCCGCCGGGUGGGGCGUGGCGGGGGCCCGUUCCCGCCCCCCGCGGCCCCGGGGAAGGGGGCGCCCCGGUGGCCGCACUCCGUCACCGGCAGCUACCCCGGACCGGCACAUGAUCCUGCCCCUCCGCGUUGAUGUGGCCUUUGGGGGUGACAUCUGCGCAGCUGCCCCGUGGGGUCUGAGCAGGGGACUGCGGCCCAGGCACUUCAAGGCAGAGAAAUGACUGGGACAUGGACGGCUCGCUCCCUUUGAGGAUGUGGGUCCAGGUGCCUGGGUGGUAAUGGCAGAGCAUCCGUGCACUCCGCAAUGGUCCCUGCCUUCGUGUCCUCUCUGGCGCUUGCCUCUGCGCGGAAGAGGAAAGAUGACCUGACCAGCCUCACAAGCCUAGUCCAGGGCUCCAGGCUUCCUUGUGAAGGGCACUCACGCAGUCAGUCAUGGCCCAGCUUCGACCUCCAGCAGGGAUCCUUGCCCAUGAGUUGUUGUCGCUAUGGAGCAUGUGUUCAGGACCGUCUCUGCAAGGGCCUGAUAAGGGAGGCUGGGUCUGCGGAGAACUUGCUGAUAUAGGAAGUGACAUGAGGAUGUGGAUGCUUUCGUAUUUCUACAUUGGAAAAGGCCUGCUAGCAAAAGGGUGUUUUUUCUACACUUAUUUAGUUUGGGAGCUGGUAUAAAGGAUGCUCCCAGAAGCACUCUGGCCAGUAUCAAUUCUGUUGGUUUGCCAGCUGAACACUGUUGUCACAGCCUUUCUAGUGUAGACCAGGCCUAACUCAGGACUUACCUGUAUACAGAAGCAGUAGCAGCUUUUAAAAAUAAUUUUUACAACAUUGUUUUUAACCCCCUUUGUAGACACGCAUACUGGUAUAAAUGGGGCUUACACUGAAACAAACAAAAUUAAUAGAGACUUGUUUAGACUGAAUGAGGAAUUUCUGUGCACCAGUUUCUCUCGAUCCAUGUUUAAAACAAACCUAUUUGUGAAACUGUUGCAACUUUGCGCACCAGGCCUUUGUUAAUGGAUUGUUGCCCUGAACAUAAGGUGCCUUGAUUCAGUUCCAUAUUGUAUCAGACUAGGACGAGGUCCGUAAUUGGGUGUUUCAAGAAUAAGUAUCAUAACACCUAACUUUUAGGCAUGUGACUCAAGUGGAAUCCACAGCCUAGGUUAGGCAUAUAGGCCCCUUGCAUAGAAAGUUCUUUGAAAUGCAGAUAAGGAGGUAAUGAUGAAGUCUAUUCAGGAAAUAAAAAUAUGCUGAAGUCUGUAGUUAAAGGAAGAUUUAACAUUUGAAACUGGAAAAUCAAAAUUGAAUUUACACAAAUAAACAUUUCUAUCCUUGUAACCAGCUGUGUACUGUGCAUCAGCCGCAGGAUGCAACUUUGUGCCUGUAAUGAAUAUUAAAUCUACUUUUCACAUUUUAAAACAAUUAAAAAGCAAUGUAUUCCACAUACAUAUCCAUCCAUUUUCCCAUGGAGGGAUUUAAUUAUUUAAAACAGGGCUGUCUAACAUGUGAGUGGCUGGGGGCGUGACCCUGGUCUGUAUACUAUGUGGCAGGUGCUUCCCCCCUACCCUCAAGUACUGCACUGUGCCAUGGGUGCUCCACCAUGGAUGCUGCACUGUGUGACCUGCACACUUUGCUAUGCCACACUGGCUCCCCCACCACCUACCACAAUGAGUUUCCCCCUACUGAUUGUGCUGUGUCAGGUCCCUGGGUGUCCCCUGAAAUGCUAGGCUGCGGACUCCCUCACCCCUGCAGGCUGUGUUGGCCUAUCCCAAGGGGCAAGAAGAAGCCAGGGGAAGGAGGGAAGUCUAAAGACUCCUGCAGCAGCUGUUUGGGGAGCAGUGGGGGAGUGGAGCCCCAAUAAGGAGCCUGGGGCUGCAGGUUAACCCCUUGGGGGCCAAAUGUAGGUUGCAGUUUGCCAUUUGGACUACCCUUAUUUACAACAACUACUGUAUCUUUUUAGACUAGAGGCACUCUUUGGAAAAUGCGGGCUCAGCUUUUAAUAAUUUGACUGUGGAAAAGAAAUAAAAUAUUUAUUUUGUUGCACUGAACUCAGAAAAACCACAACAGGUCAGAAGACCAUGAUGUCAAAAAAAGUUCUAUUUUAAAUCUCUGUUUAUCUUGUGAAUUGUGUAGGUGUUCAUGCACCUAAUAAUGUUAAUGUUGUGUGACACACUGCUGGAUCCUUAAAAGGAUCUUAUGGUACCCCAAGGUGUUGCAGCACCCUGGUUGAGAAUCACUGUGAGUUGAUAGGAGAAAUUGUAAGGGACCUCCAGAAGUCAUCUAGUCCAACCCCCUGCCUGAGGCAGGAUCAUCCCUAUCCAAACCAUCCCAUACAAACCAUAAUUUAAACUGUACAUAAACGUGUUAAAGGUGGCUGCUUUGUGAAAUAAUAGAUACAAGAUGUUUGGAGACUGAUCUUUUCAAUGAUAAUGAGCCUGGAAGAUGGAAGAGAGAAUGACAGGAACAGGGAUACUGCAGAAUUUGUUCACUCCAAGAACCAAUGAGGAUCUAGUGGCUACUUCUGCACUUAUAGCCACAUAAGUUCAGAUCUGGAUGGUGCUCUAGUGCAGGUGGAACUAGUUGAGUACAGAGUUUAAAGGAUUAUUGUGAUCCUGGUAUGUACACUCAGGAAUCUCUGGUGGAAGUUAGGAAGUCUGCAUUUGUGCUGGUACAACUCUUAAUGGAAUACCAUGCCCAAUUCUUCUAUCCUCAGUCUGAGAGUUGCAAGAAUGGAGAAAGUGCAGAGAAUACUCAUGCGAUUGAUUCAAGGACUGGAAAACAUAUGUAGUGAAUGAUUCAAGGAAGUUAGUUUAUUUAAUUUAUCCUGCUAAUACAGAAAAAGAGCAAAACACCUCUUUUUAUUAGAAAUUGAUUGGCAGCGUAGGUUAUAUAAAGGGUCAAAAACAAGUAGUUUAAAAAUUCAUGAAGUGUUUCAGUGUAACAUGAAAUGCAAGCAGUCAUAAUUCCAGCUACCAGAAUGAAUCCCUAAAAUCUAGUUAUUAGGAAUGACUGCAUCCAUUUUUGGUUUUGAAUCAUUAGACCUGUUCAAAAACUGAACCCACCUAUCCUGGGCAACCCUGGCUUAUUUUAGCAAGUAACAGUUACUUUUAAAAAAUGUUGCCAUUUUUGUAGGUUUAGACCACUUGGUUUUAGGCUUAAUAUUCUAACUGUGUACAGGUUGUGGAUAACUUAAAAAUAGUCAUCUUGUUAAGUUAGUUAAUAGCUUUACCUGAAAAAUGUUUAAAGAUUGUUUUUGUUUUUUUUUAUUUGGGUAUUUUUUUUGACAGUUCUAAUAUUUUAUUCUAGGCAUAGUCAACUCUUGUGGUAGUUACUGUAAUACCCAAUAAGGCUACAAUCUUGCAGGGAAUUAAUUUCCAUGCAAGUCAUUUGUAGCCAGCAGUACGCAAGCAAUUAUGUUUUGACUUUGUGAGCUUAUAGAGCAGAAAAGUUUGCUUUCCAUAAUAUCCUGCAACAAUACUGAUUAUUUUAAAUAAUAAGCAUUUUUUUUAGCUAUUAAGUAGAAAAUAAUAAAGUGACAGACUUAUUUUCCAGCAUAAAAUGGAAAGUGAUCCUGAAGGGCUGCUUCUGUGCAAGUUUUUGCUGAUCAUUUCCUCUCGUGCAGAUUUUGACUGCCCCCUUGAACACUAUUCACCAUUCCUGUUCUACAGUUCAUGUUGACACUGGCAUUGGUUUCUCAGAGCAAACAAAAUAGCUCAUUGUUGUUGGGAACUGCUUGAUUUAUCAGCAUUGGAGAGCCCCCUAGCCCAAUGGCUGUUUUGAGAAUAGAGUGUUCACUGUAUUCUCUCUCCAAUUUCACUCAAUCCAUGUCAACUGCAGAGGAAAUAGGAUCCCAUCUUAGGACACUUGAGUCACUUGUAAAAUUAUCUUGAAAAAUCAGAGAAAAGAAGAUGUAUCACAUUGUUCGAUAUCAGCAUUUGAAACUAAUAACCCAGAACACUGUUUCUAAGGUGCAUUUAAAGUUGAUUUUUCCAAGGACCCUGGCAUUUGCACAACUGGGAAGGUCAUGGAUCUCAAGUCACUCUCAUGCUGCAGAUCAGAAUAUUAUCCUGAUGGGACCUCCUGGUGCUGGGAAAACAACAGUAGGGAGAAUAGUAGGUCAAAAACUGGGCUGUCCUGUCAUAGAUGUAGACAACGAUGUCCUUGAAAAAACCUGGAAUAUGAGUGUGUCAGAAAAAUUGCAGGAUAUUGGUAAUGAACAAUUUUUAGAAGAGGAAGGAAAAGCCCUGUUAAGGUUUUCAGCAUCUGGAAGCGUAAUUUCCCUUACUGGAUCCAAUCCAAUGCAUGCUGCUAGUAUGCAGCACAUGAAGAAAAAUGGGUUAGUUGUGUAUCUGGAUGUACCCACAAGAGACAUAAUAGAUAGACUGGAAUUCAUAAAACUGGAUCGUAUUGUGGGUCAGGGGCCUCAAAUUUCCAUGAGAGACAUACUUCAGUAUAGGAAACAGUUUUAUAAAAAGUGGUAUGAUAUCCGGGUUCUUUGUGAAAGUGGGAUUACAGCAGAGGCUGUAGCAGAUAAAGUACUUGAUGCAGUUAAGAGGUAUCAAGACUCAGAAGCAGAAACUUUUAUUUCAACCAGAUAUGUAAAAUCUGAAAAAUGUGAUAAAAAAGAGCCUGCUAAAUAUUUCAGUGAUGUUGUGAUUGAGGGCCUAGCAUCUGAUGGUGGACUCUUUGUUCCUGAGAAGGGGCUUCCAAAAUUAACUGCUGGAGAAUGGCAAAGCUUAGUAGAAGCAACCUAUGUUGAAAGAGCCCAGAUUAUAUUGGAAAAAUGUAUACAUCCUGCUGAUAUACCUGCUUCAACACUGGGUGAAAUAGUUGAGAUUGCUUAUGGAGAGAAUUUUACCUGUUCUAAAAUUGCCCCUAUUAGGCACUUGUCAGGCAACCAGUUUCUCCUUGAGUUGUUUCAUGGACCAACAGCCUCAUUUAAGGAUUUUGCAUUACAGCUGUUACCUCAUAUCUUUGCUUACUGUGUUCCCAGAAGCUGCAAUUAUUUGGUCCUAACAGCUACAUCUGGAGACACAGGGAGUGCUGUCCUAGAUGGUUUUAGUCGUCUUAAUGAUGCUGACAAGCAAAGAAUUGUUGUGGCCAGUCUCUUUCCUGAAGAUGGAGUGAGCCAGAUUCAAAAAUCUCAGAUGAUUGGCUGCCAAAGAGGAAAUGGAUGGGCAAUAGGUGUCAAAUCUGACUUUGAUUUUUGCCAGAUGGCUAUAAAACAAAUAUUUACCGAUUCUGAUUAUACUGGCUUUCUUACUGCAGAAUAUGGAACAGCUUUAAGUGCAGCAAACUCUAUAAACUGGGCUCGACUACUUCCUCAAGUGAUUUAUCAUGCCUCUGCCUAUCUUGACCUCGUUCAUCAAAGUAUUAUUGCUUUUGGGAGCCCAAUAGAUGUGUGUGCGCCUACUGGAAACUUUGGCAACAUAUUAGCAGCCUUGUAUGCAAAAAAGAUGGGAAUACCUAUCAGGAAAUGUAUUUGUGCUUCUAAUGAAAAUAAUGUUUUGACCAGUUUCAUGAGAACAGGCCUUUAUGACUUAAGGGGCAGAAGGCUAAUACGUACUUUGUCACCAGCAAUAGAUAUUUUGAAGUCUUCCAACCUUGAACGACACUUGCAUCUGAUUGCUAAUGGUGAUGGACAGCUGGUGACACUAUUGUUUAAUAAGCUGGAAAAUCAAAGCCACUUUCAGUUGCAGAAUGAGCUACUUGAGAAGCUUCAGCAGGACCUGAUGGCUGGGUGGUGUUCUGAAGAGGACUGUUUAACUGCUAUUCACUCUGUAUACAGUACUACUGGGUAUAUUUUGGACACACACACAGCUGUUGCUAAAGUUGUUGCAGAUCGAUUACAGGAUAGAACCUGCCCAGUUAUCAUUUCAUCUACAGCUCAUUAUUCCAAGUUUGCACCUGCUAUUUUGCGGGCUCUGAGGAUUGCAGAAAUAAAACAGAAUCCAUUAAGUCAGCUUCACUUGCUGAGUUCUUACAGCCCUUUGCCUCCAGUCCACCAAGGCCUGUUAGAGACAUUGAAAAAGAAUGAGCUGCAGAAACAUCAGGUCUGUGCUGCUGAUGUGAAUGUCCUGAUGGCACAUAUAGAAACCUUAAUACAAAACCGCUUCAUGAAGGUUUCCUAAGUAAACUCACUAGGCAUUUUCUGUGUCAAUUUGAAUAUUUUCUUCGAUAAAGAUGCAUGCUUUAAUAAAAGCAUCGUUCACGAGGCCUGUGCCCAGUUUACAUUCAGAACACACAUUCUCGUUUUCAUUUUUAGCUGUAACAUUUUAACAUUGCUUGUUAAAAAUGUUCACUGCAUGUGAGAAUUUGAAUCCCUGUGAAGGUUCUGAAAUGAUAGCCCAAGACACUGAUGUGCCUUUUUCCAGAACAAGUAGGCUAAGGACAGCAGCAGUGCCAACUUCUCCAGGCAAUCCUUCUACUGUUCCUUGGCCUUGACCUGGAAGGAAGAAGGACUGCUAAGAAGAAAAGAAAAGGCAGCUGCUGGCACCUCUGAGAACAAGUGCAAUGAGUUGUAUUUUUGUUGUGUAUGUAGUUUGUGAUGUGAAUGCUUGUCCACUGGGAAUUUUUGCUAAACCCUUUAACUCAUUUCACAGAGCACUGGAAAGCUGUCAGAUGUAGUAAUAUAUGAAGACUGUUACUAAUAUACUAUACAUUAAUAUUGCAAACCUUGAAGUGAAAUUAUCUACAUCCCUUGAGCCAUACAAUCGCACAGUUCUUUAAUAUGUUCUCUCACUUUAUAUUGUCUUUGUAUUGACUGUAGCUGAAGUUUUAUAUAAAAAUCUUGCUCUUCAUCAAACAUCAAGGGUUUCACACCAACAGUUUGUAUUUUUUUGUGUGAAAUAAAAACCUUCACUCUA